AUGCGCAGUAAAAAAUAGCGAGCUACAUAAAGCUCAGGAUGGCGGUUUCUGAUAAAUCGACAAAACAGCGUUUAUUAUCUGUUUUGGACGAUCUGGAGGUGCUAUCGAGGGAACUGAUUGAGAUGCUUGCUUUGUCGAGGACGCAAAAACUUCCUCAUCCCGGCGAAGACACUCAGAUUCUUGAACUUCUAGUGCAGCGGGACGGGGAGUUCCAGGAGCUAAUGAAGGUAGCUCUGGACCAGGGGAAAGUACACCAGGAGAUGCAAGUGCUGGAGAAAGAGGUAGAGAAAAGGGACAGCGACAUCCAGCAGCUGCAAAAACAGCUCAAGGAGGCCGAGCACAUACUGGCAACUGCUGUGUAUCAAGCUAAAGAAAAGUUGAAGACCAUUGAAAAGGCUCGCAAAGGGAGCAUAUCUUCUGAGGAGAUCAUAAAGUACGCGCACAGGAUCAGCGCCAGCAAUGCUGUGUGCGCGCCUCUUAACUGGGUUCCAGGUGAUCCACGCAGACCCUAUCCUACCGACCUGGAAAUGCGCAGCGGAAUGCUGGGUCACAUGAGCAACCUGCCCACCAAUGGAGUGAACGGGCACCUGCCAGGCGACGCCCUGGCAGCUGGAAGACUUCCAGAUGUUCUCACGCCACAGUACCCCUGGCAGUCCAGUGACGUGUCUGUGGGAAUGCUGCCCCCCCACCACAGCAAUGACUUCACACUUGAGCCCCCCGGCCACAACAAGGAGAACGAGGACGAUGUGGAGGCCAUGUCUACGGACUCGUCUAGCAGCAGCAGUGACUCGGACUGAGGCAUGCCCGGAGGCACUUGUGCAAACACAUGCAGCCCACCCUGUACACACACACAUGCACACAGCCCUGUACCACUGCUGCAUACACACAAACACAGCAGCACCAACCCCAAAAAAGCUGGUCUGUAACUUGAGAUACUGUGGGAAAGUCGUGGGUGUAGUCUGCAUACAUCAUGAAUGUUUGUAAGGUAUAUCUUCAAAGUGAUAUAUAUUGGGUAAUCAGAUUAGUAACACAAUGCAUCCGUCUUGUUGCACAAUCUCCUUUUUAAAUAUGGAGCUGGCUAUGUAUUGUGCCACACCACAGUAGCUGGGAUUAUUAUAGGAAUGAACUUACAGUUCCUGUUAACAUUAGCACAUGUUCUCAUGGUGGAAAACAAAGCUGUAUGUUAUAUUUUUCUGAUCUUUGUAAGUGGGGUGGAUAGUAGAUAGGGAUUAUGAAUUUGGUAGGGAUGAUACAAGCGAAAAGCAGAGGUGUGAAUCACGCUCUGGCUCCUUAUGCAUCUUAUCCAGCCUACUCCUGUCUCGGUCACUGUGCAAAACUGCACCCCGGUUGUGAGCGAUCUGGCAUUAAGUACUCUGACGAGGACAGACUGCUUGUUUCUCAAAACAAAAACAACAAACAUGCAAACUACUUUAAUAAAUACUUUGGUUUAUUAAUUUAUUUUAAUCCAAAGAACCAUCAGGUUAAUAAAAAAAUAAAUUAUGUGCAUCAGUGCAGGUAUUCUGUUUUGAUUGUCUGAAUUGUAAAUACUGUAUAUGUUUUCCUACCUUGUAAAUAAAGAACAGUCUUGACUAA